AUGGCGACAGCUACUGGACGGGUUGCUGCGGACGUGGGCUUCAUCGAGGAAUCGCGGUUUGUGAAUACGAGAGUCAUCGCAAAACAGUCUGCAAAGGAUGACUGGAUCGCCAAGGUCACCGCGAAGCCCUUGCCGCCGAUGAGAGUCGACAAUGAGGAACACUUCGAAGACUGGGUCGACGAAGUGGUGGGUUUAGAAAGUAUGAUAGAGGUGCUUUUGACGCAAAUACCUCCCGCGAAGCGACAGCGCCUCGCAAGGGUAGACCGGGGUCUCGGCAUACCCGUGGAACAGUUCAUUUCGGACGUAGCGCGUCUUCUCUUUCCGACGUCGACAUAUGCCAUGGAGGCGUAUGUCGCGGCGCUGACGGUCUUGCCGAACGACUUCGUGCAGCUCUCCGACGUGUUAUUAGCUAGAAUUGCCCGCUAUGUGAGACUAGCGCGUAGAUGGGGUCUCACGGAGACAAUAACCCGCGCAGGGCUCGACAUGCGUGUUAGGCGCGCCGCGUCACCCCAGUGGCGGACGUGGUAUACGAAUAUGUCAGUCAGGGGAAAGUCACUCCUAGACGUAGUUGACACCGUGUGCAUCAACCUCGAAGCACAGACGCGUGUCUUGGCCGUUGUAAACCCGGCAGUAAACGUCCAACAAUCGCCCGUAGAGCAACCAUCGGAGAUGGUUGAAAAAGAACAGCUAGGCGAGGUGCAAGUCGGCUCACCUGUCUGCGCCACCUGCGGAG